CGCAACGAGAGAAACGUGGCUCUGAAUACGGGGAUCCCUAACGGGAGAAGAUGUGACCUGUGGCGCUCCAAACGUUCUUACAGUUUCUAUCUCUGUCAUCUUCUAUGGAUACCACUCUACGGAUCAGCUACAGCUCCAUUACUCGGCUCCGCAGGCUAGCCUCUGCGCCAUAAAGCGUCAACUCGGGUAGGAAUGUCGAGACCCGCAAAAGCCGCGAUGUCUAUAUCUCGAUUCGCAUCACGGCUUUCCAGAAAGCUUGCCUAUUUGAAAAGCAAAAUCCCAUGGAUCAACACGCUGAAGUUCAACUUCAUCUUCAUCCAUUACGCCUACAUAAUUGGGGUUACAAUCAUCGGGUCCGUAUAUCUCUAUCCAGGCGGAAACCUGGCUUAUACCGAUGCGCUCUUCCUGGCAGCCGGCUCCGCCACCCAGAGCGGCCUGAACACGAUCGACCUGGACCGCCUUUCAACAUACCAACAAGUCGGGCUAUGGCUAGGGUCAAUGAUUGCGAAUCCGAUUGUCAUCCACUCGUCGGUCGUUUUUAUCCGUUUGCGGUGGUUCGAAAAGCGGUUUCAACACGUCGUGCAAGAGGCAAAAAUGAUGAGACGAACGCGCACACGCACAAGGUCUAGAGCUCCUAGUGCUGGCAGUGCUAGCAGUGCUAGCAGUGACAUGAAUAGGCUAGAGAUGGGUGUACGCGGCCGGAAGAUAACGGUGUUGCGGGAUAAUGAAGGGCAGGCACUCGGACAUUUCAUUGAACCAAAAAGCAAGAGCCAGGAGGCGAAUUCGAUUGCUGAUAGCUCGGGAGCGUCAAAUGGAGGCGACGCCCAAAUGGGACCCGAGAAUGACAGUGAUAGGUCCAAGACAACGGAAGUGCCUGCUGGCAUCUCUACAGAUAGCCACAUAAGGUCUCCAAUGGAGCAUGGCCCUGAUCACUACAUUACCUUUAUCGAGAACCAAAGAAGGCCAACUCAAGCCCUUAGAAUUCCCAGUCCCCGCGAGUUCGAUAGAGGUGGAGUGCCCGAGACUAUUGACGAUUUUGGCGACGAGCCAUCACGGAGUAGAACUGUGCAAUCAGACCAGGAACCGGAAAUUUCUCCUCUAAAGCAGCAGCAAUCUCGAGGCCAACAUAUCACCAUUGAUGAGCCCAACAUUGCACGCUCGCGCCGAGCAACGACGUUCCCCCGUACUAGCUCCCGCGUCCUUGCUGACGGCGAAACUGCUGACGUCGGAGAGCCCGCUCUCCACCAUCGAAGAAAGCAGAGGAGAGGAACGCUUGCGUCCAUUUUAUUCUUUGGUACCAAAGACGAAGCCAGAGAAGCCCCCUACCUGAGCUGGCAGCCCACGCUUGGGAGAAAUUCCGCGUUUGUGGAUCUGACAGAGGAGCAGAAAAACGAACUUGGUGGCAUUGAAUAUAGAGCCCUGAAAGCUCUCGCCUACGUUCUAAUCGCGUAUUUCGUUUUUUUCCAUGUGCUGGGAAUUAUAUCUUUGGUACCCUGGAUUCUGCAUACCCGAUGGGGAAUAUUUCCUAUACGCGCCGCCGUUGGUCGACCUUGGUGGGCCGUUUUCAUUGCAGGCUCCGCAUUCAACAACCAAGGCUUUUCGCUCACGCCUAAUUCAUUGGCCUCUUUUUACGAUGCUAUAUUCCCCUUGCUUCUGAUGACAUUUCUCAUCAUUAUUGGGAACACUGGAUUCCCUUGCAUGCUUCGUUUCAUUAUUUGGUGUUUCUGGAAGAUUUUCCCGAAACGUACCGCGGUUUGGGAAGAGUUUCACUUCCUUUUGGAUCAUCCACGCCGAUGCUUUACGCUUCUAUUCCCCAGCUCGGCUACCUGGUGGCUGUUUUGGGUUCUCGUGGUAUUGAACGUGAUUGACUUGGUCCUCUUCAUUAUCUUAGAUUUAAAUGAUACCGCCGUGACCUCAAUACCAGGUGGACUACGGUUCGUGGACGGUUUGUUCCAAGCCGCGGCCACUAGAACGGCUGGCUUAUCCAUAAUAAGUCUUUCGGAGCUGCAUCCGGGGGUGCAGGUAUCGUAUAUGAUCAUGAUGUAUAUAUCAAUUUAUCCAAUCGCGAUAUCCCUACGCAAAACGAACGUCUACGAGGAAAAGAGCUUGGGAAUUUACUAUGGAGAUGAGGAGGAUGAACUGAUCUCGGACAAAGAUCCAAGUUACGUCGCCGCACAUUUGCGAAGGCAGCUUGGUUUCGACAUCUGGUACAUAUUCUUGGGCCUAUUUAUUAUCUCCAUUGUCGAAGGCUCGCGUGUUGCCAAUGACCCUCAAUUUACCAUGUUCGGCAUUUUGUUUGAAGUCGUUUCCGCCUAUGGAACGGUCGGCUUAUCCCAGGGAUACCCUGGUACCAACACCUCGCUGUCCGCUCAGUUCAAAGUGAUAUCGAAACUCGUAAUAAUCGCCAUGAUGAUCAGAGGCAGGCAUCGUGGCUUGCCCUAUCAGCUCGAUCGUGCUAUUCUUCUUCCCUCGGAAGCUUUGCAUGAGAAGGAACUACGAGACGCUACAAUGCGAGUGAGGCGCCGCGGAUCGACUAUUAGCGCCAUGGCUGGUGCUGCUCGUUGUGCAAGCAGGGCUUCGAGGGAUGGUUAUGGUACAAGUACUGGAUGGCAACAGGGCCCGUCCGGCAGUCCGUGGACUCUGGGUGCAAGAUCGCCACAAGCCAAUACAAAUGCAAGGCUACCCAUUCAUCACGAAGAGCGAAGCUCCUAAUUGAUUGGCAGGAUAUACCUGUUUAGUUUUGUUUCUAUGUGUUUGGUUGCUGCUUUCGUGUAUACUAUACCUGAGCAAGUGAAUUAAAGCGAGGCGUUCAGGGUUUGUUCCAUAUUUCGUCUUAUGUUUGCUCCGCGACAUAGCCUGGAGUUGAGUAGCUCUC